CGUAUCGGAAAAGUCAAAUUCUAUCUCCACACAGACCAGAGAACUUGAAAGGCUGUAGUUUCCCAUUUAGGCAAUACCAGCAUGCCAGAACACUGAGAGCAAAGGGAGAAGGCUGCUUUCAUUUUCACUACUUUCCUGCCCAGAGAGACAGAACAGCAAUGGCUGAGAAGAGAUCGCCACAAGACCCAGUUAAAGAAAUAAAGAUGGUUGCCAGCACCAUGCUUGGUGGCUUCUUGGAAGACUUGAAGGAAAAGAAGGUAUUAGAUAAACGUGACUUACAAACAAUAGGGAAAAAAGUGAACUUCAUUGUGAAUAAGACUGAAAACCUGGUUGAUGAUCUCUCUGAGAAAACUCAAGUGGUAGGUCAAGUAUUUAUGGACCGUCUCGUCAAUUCCAAAAGCCUGCUGAGUUUGAAAUCUCAUGCUGAAAAUGAGGAUGAGGAAUCUGAGAGCAGUGAGUCAUCUUCUUUGACAGAAUCUGAAGAUGAAAGUGAAAGCGAAAGUGAAAGUGGAGAAGAAGAAAAUGCCUGGCCGUCCCAGGCAUUGGCUCUCCCUUUGGCAGGUGCCACCAAACCCAGUGGCUCAUGUAAACCCUCAUGCGUCACUCAGGAGAAGAGACCACCAAGAGACCCAGUUAACGAGAUAAAGGUGAUUGCCAGCACCGUGCUUGGUGGCGUCUUGGAGGACUUGAAGGAAAAGAAGGUGAUAGAUAAGCAAGAGUUACAAACAAUAGGAAACACAGUAAAUGUCAUCGUGAAUAAGACUGAAAACCUGGUUAGUGAUUUUACUGAGAAAACUCAAAUGGUAGGCAAAGUACUUAAGGACCAUUUCUUCAAUUCCAGGAGACUGCUGAGUAUAAAAUCUCAUGCUGAAAAUGAGGAUGAGGAAUCUGAGAGCAGUGAGUCAUCUUCUUUGACAGUUAUUCAGGAAAUCCAAGCUUCCUCAAUGGACAUGGUGAAGAUUUGUCCCUGCAAGCAUUCUCAAGAACCGAAGACUGUGAGAGUCCAGGAGGUAUAUCCAGUGAUGGAGAAGGAGGGCCGAACCCGCCUGGCCCUCAUCAUUUGUAACAAAGUAUUUGACCAUCUUUCUGAGAGAGAAGGCUCUGAAAAUGACAUUUUGGGGAUGCAAGGCCUCCUUGAAAACCUUGGAUAUUCAGUGGUCAUAAAGGAAAAUCUCACAGCUCUGGAAAUUAUAACGGAGCUGAAGAACUUCGCCACCCGCCCGGAGCACCAGUUCUCGGACAGCACGUUCCUGGUGUUCAUGUCCCACGGCACCCUGGACGGGAUCUGUGGCAGGAAGCACAGAGAUGAAGAGCCGGACAUUCUUCCCGAUGAUACCAUCUUCCAGAUUUUCAACAACCGUAGCUGCCACGGUCUCAAGGACAAGCCCAAGGUCAUCAUCACGCAGGCCUGCCGAGGCAGAGGUGACGGGGCCGUCUGGGUGACUGACAUGGGAGAAGCACUUGCGUGGACAUGUUACCAGCCCUUGGAGCGCUACAUCUCCAGUGAUGCCAUAAAAAAGACCCACAUAGAGAAGGACUUCAUCGCUUUCAAAUCUUCAACUCCACAUAACGUUUCCUGGAGAUUGAACACAAAGGGGUCUGUCUUCAUUUCCCAACUUAUCCACUACUUGGGAGAGUACUCUUGUUGUCACCAUUUGGAGGAGAUUUUCCGAAAGGUUCAAAAUGCAUUCGAGAAACCCAACGCAAUGAUCCAGAUGCCCACGAUUGAGAGGUUAUCCAUGACGCGAUAUUUCUACCUCUUUCCUGGGAAUUAAAAUCCAUCUGAAGUGUCUCAGGAAAAUCGAGCCAUUCUGUUUUCUGUGAAUCUACUACUUUAAAAGGUUAAUGUUUGAAUGUGAAUAUUUUUCUACCAAAAUUCCCACUUGCCCACCCUGAAACAAUGCCAUGUGAAAACCAUGGUCAUAGUGUUGCUGAAUUAGUGCUUAAUAAAAUUUUUUGAAAAUAA